UCUUGUGGAUGCUAGAUCUGUCACAAAAUAAGCUCCAAGGCCCAAUUCCUCCAACAAUUGGGAAUUUGACACUGCUUUUUCGUCUUGAUCUCAGAUCUAACCUGUUGAAUGGAGAGCUACCUGACACCAUUUAUAAUUAUAGUAAUCUUCAAUUGUUCAAUAUUGACGGCAACCAAAUCUCUGGUCAACUUUCACACAAGUGGGCAGUAUGUAAAAACCUGAUGUAUUUACUACUGGGUGGAAAUAAAAUUUCGGGUGAAAUCCCGGCUCAACUCGGAAGCCUGACUAAACUGCGAGCUCUAAACCUAGCCUCGAAUGAAUUGAAUGGAGAAAUACCAUCUUCCAUUUGCAACUUGAGUUAUCUUGAGCUUCUUGAUCUAUCCAAUAACAGUUUGAGCAAUGUGAUUCCACAAUGUUUGGGGAACUUCAGCAGUGAACUCAUAGUCCUAGAUCUGCGAAUGAAUCACUUUCAUGGACCCAUUCCAGCAAAUUACACAAAGUGCAACAAUUUGAGGAAUCUCGGGUUGAAUGGUAAUCAAUUGGAAGGGUUCGUUCCACGAACUUUGGCAAACUGUAGAAAGUUGGAAGUUGUAGAUCUUGGAAACAACAAGUUAAGCGACGCAUUCCCCCAUUGGAUGGAAAAUCUUCCAGAGCUGCACGUUCUUGUCUUGAGAUCUAAUAGAUUUCGAGGCACAAUAAGCACUACUUCCAAGAGUGAUCAACCCUUCCCUAAGUUGCGAAUCAUUGACUUCUCGCACAAUGAGUUCGACGGCUCAUUACCAACAAAAUAUUUUGAAAAAUUCGAAGCAAUGAUGAAUGAGGAUGAUGGUCAAACUGGUUUGAAAUACUUGGGGGACUUAUAUUAUGGAGCUUCUGUGACGUUGGUGGUGAAAGGAAAUCAGAUUGAACUAGUGAGAAUCUUACAAGUCUUCACAACCAUUGAUUUAUCGAACAACAAGUUCCAGGGAGAGAUUCCAAAUUCCAUUGGAAAGCUUAUUUCUCUCCGGCUGCUCAACUUAUCCCACAAUAGCUUUACCGGUCGUAUUCCAUCAUUGUUGUCAAAGUUGGUUGUUCUGGAGUCAUUAGACCUCUCUUCGAACCAACUAGUGGGGGAAAUACCUUGGCAACUGUCAAGCCUAACAUUUCUUUCCGGCUUGAACCUUUCUCAGAAUCAUCUUGUCGGAUUGAUACCUCAAGGCCGACAAUUUGAUACAUUUGAAAAUAAUUCAUAUUAUGGUAACCAGGCAUUGUGUGGAGCACCAUUGACAAAGAAGUGUACAAAUGAUGAGACACCACCAACACUGCUGCAUGAAGAAGGUGAUUCAAUUUUUGCAAGUGGAUUUACUUGGAAAGUUGUCGUAAUAGGAUAUGGGUGUGGAUUAUUAUUUGGGUUGAUUAUGGGUUGUCUGGCCUUCUUGACUGAAAAACCAACAUGGUUCGUAAACAUCGUGGAAGGAGAUCAACAUAGAAAGAGGAAAAGAUCAAGGAAGAAUAAUUGAGGACAUGGUGGGAAAGGAAAUCGAUGAAGGCAAAUAGUCAAAUUGUACCAGCAGAUCUAAGUUGUUAUAAAUGUGUCACGAUUUAGUUGUUCUUUGUUACUUUCUCAAUUAUCCAUAAUAGUUUGUAUUUUAUAUUUGCUAUUUGAACAAGUACCUACAUUUGCUAUUUGUUCAGUCUCUCUCUCCCUCUUAUUUUAAUUUCUUGCUUUUCUCCUUGUUUAAUUAAUUAUCAUGUCACUUGUAAUCUCUCUCUUUCUUUCUCUCUGGACUGGUUCUGUAUACGAUGGGGUUUGGAAACAGUGAGUGAUAAAUAGUUACCAGCAAUAUUUGUAAAACUGAUCUUUUAGAACUAUGAAGCAGUUUCAUUGA